GAGCAGAAAUUCCUUCUCAUCGCAAUGAGGUCAAAGACAGUGAGUUGCAGCUUCCUGUCCUCGGUUCUCGACUUGCACACGUCGCAUUCUCCAAUGGCAAUGUCGAUACAACGUGAUUAAUUUCAUCUUCAUGUUUGCUCCUGGUGACCGUUGGUACCUUAUGCCAUAAUUGUGUCUAUGCUAACAAGUUACAUUGCAAUAGAGCAAGCAAGCGGAAGCGUGCCGAACAGACUGAAACCAAUUCAAAUAAACGCAACGAAAGAUAUUUGAACAGGAGUGGUUUCACGGUGGGCAUAAAAGACAGUGAAUUUGGCCAAGUACAUAUAACUUUCUCUCGUUAGUUUGGAAUAUCACAAAACUCCCUCACAGGAUAGAACUUAACAUUCCUAAAAAUCGUAUGUUUUUUGUUUUUCGAUUUUGUUACAUUUUGGCGGGAAAAUGACGUGCCAACUUUGGCGCCAAAAAAUUAAACACGAGCUAAGAACAUGCUAGUAACUUUUUUUCGAAAAGAUUGUCCUAUAAGGAUCUCAAAACUGUAAAAACAUUAAAAAUACAACAAGGCAGUGCGAAGAUAUGGCGAUUCAAAGUUCUAUUUUUACUGAAAAAUCAGCCAUUUUGUUACUAAAAAUAGAUUUUUUUCGAACUUUGAAUCGCCAUAUCUUCGCACUGCCUUGUUGUAUUUUUAAUGUUUUUACAAUUUUGAGAUCCUUAUAGGACAAUCUUUUCGACAAAGUUACUAGCAUGUUCUUAGCUCGUGUUUAUUUUUUGGCGCCAAAGUUGGCACGUCAUUUUCCCGCCAAAAUGUAACAAAAUCUAAAAAACAAAAAACAUACGAUUUUUAGGAAUGUUAAGUUCUAUCCUGUGAGGGAGUUUCGUGACAUUCCAAACUAACGAGAGAAAGUUGUAUGUACUUGGCCAAAUUCACUGUCUUUUAUGCCCACCGUGUUUAGAAAAUAAAAUCCCCCUUCAAAAGAAGCAACAGACAACCAGCAGCAGUGCCAAGCUGAUCACGGAAGAUCAAUUGUUGACAUUUGCGGAAAGUGAUCAUAAUGAUCUGUUACGGAUAUCAGAGGAAAUUGAUACGUCAAGGAUUCCUGAAGACAUGCAGUUAUUAUGGGAUAUGCAAAUGAAGCAUUUGGCAGCAAAAUCGCCAAAUGGUCAUCGUUGGCAUCCCCGGUAAGUUAAAUUGUAUUAUUGUAAGGUGAAUUGUAUUAUUGCAGUUUUAUAAUUACUGGCUGUAAUUGUAUAGUAUAUUUAAAAAAUAUAUGAUUUGCAAUAUACAACUAAUGCUUGGAAUUGUAAAGUUUUCAAGAAGUUCCAUUGUUUUUCUAGAAUUGUCAGAUUAGCAUUGGACAUGUAUGUGAAAAACCCGCAUGUGUUGGACACACUACGACAGUUCGUAACUGUUCUUCCAAGUAACCGUCUUAUCAGGUACUGUAAUAAGGUUUUGUGUAUGUUUUAAGUAGUAUUUCUUGAGGUAAUUGCUACUUAUAUUAAAUUUAGAAAUAAUUAGUAAACUUUUCCGUGUGUAAAUGUACAUGUGAAAAAAGUUGGAAAUCAGCUUGCAUUCAUGGACUCGGAAAUUUCAAAACACCCCCUGCCAUUUCAUUUUGGGCACGAGCGCUCAUAUAUAUAUACACAACGCAUGUGGCUGAUAUAAAUACAAUAGUAAUUACAACUGUAGCAGAACGUUUGGUUUAGGUAUUACAAGAAUGCCGUAACGCAAGAACCUGGAUGGAACAAGGAAGUGAUCAAGUGGUGUAGAAGAGAGGCAGAACGGUGGCAGUUUAAGUCUGCAGACUACUGGGGAGGUUUCAUCUUAGACGAAAUGAAAAUCCAGGUGCAAAGGAAUCUUCAUAUAUGACAUUGACCAUUGUAUAUGUAUAAAGCAAAGAAUAUAAAUACUAGUCGCAUAAAUAUAAUUCAUUUUCAUGUACUUUUCCGUUCAAAGGAGGAUUUGCAAAUGGCUGUUAGGAACGGGCAACAUACACUUGUUGGUCUUAUUUCACUGGGAGGACUUUACGAAGACAUGAAACUUAUUGAGACAGGUAAUUAUAAAUUAUUUACCCAUUUAAUCAAACCUUAAUUCAAAACAAUGAAAGGGAAGCAUAGUGUUAUUUUUUCUCCUCUCUUUUUAUAUAGGAAAAAUGGAAACAAAGUCACAGAUUGCCACCCACCUGCUUCAAUAUGUCUUUCUCAGUGACUGUGGGUUCCGAUUUCCACUAGCUCAUUUCCCUACAACAACAUGUCCCCCAUUAUACCUUCAGUUUUGGGAAGGUGUUCUGCAAAUGAAGAAGGCUGGUUUCAGGUAA